AAUGGUAGCCUCGUCUCGUCUCCAUUCAUUCAGUUCUUGUUUUGGCCUUUUGGGAUGUGUUUCCACUGCUUAAACCUUAAGCAAACCCUAAUGGAAGGUCCUGGUUAACCCAGCAGGGGGCGUGCUAAGUGAGAUGCUAAUACAUCCAAAUCGUCCAGAGGCCAAAAACUUAAGAGCCACCCCACCCCCACGUGAACGCCAUGGGGUUAUUACCAUCGUUAAAACCUAUGGAUUUCUCGCAUCAUCGCAAGAACCCAGACAAAAAUCUCUUGCUUUAACUUGCAAACCGAAGCAAAAAACCCCAAACAAAAAGGGGUAAAAGGGUUGAUGAUAAAAAGGUCAGGGGAUCAAAUAGAGGUGCCAGGAAAAAUCGAAUAAAAAUUCCAUUUCUUUAUCCCUGGGUCGUGACGGCGGCGGCGGCGGACAUGGUUGGUGAUAAGGACGCGGCGGCGCUGGCCGGGGAGCUGACCGGCGACGCGGGCGCCAGCUUGAACGGCUUCUUUGACCACACGGGUUUGGAUGCGGCGAUGGUAGGAGGAGGGGGGCAGGGGGAGGGGGAGGAGGAGGAGGAGCUGGAGUGGCUUUCGAACAAGGACGCGUUCCCGUCGGUUGACACCAUGGCGGCGGAGGUGGAGGCGGCUGCGGCGGCGCCGGCGCGCGCCGCGGUGGGGCCGAGGACCAAGGGUUUGCGGCGGCGCCGGCGGGUGACGGCGCCGUGGAGCCUCCCGCCGCCCCUGCUGUCGCGCCCGCGUCUGGCGCCGGCGCCGGCGCCGGCGGCGGACGCGGCGGCGCCUCGGCGGCGGUGCACCCACUGCGCCGUGGAGGACACGCCGCAGUGGCGGCUGGGGCCGGACGGGCCCCGCACGCUGUGCAACGCGUGCGGCGUGCGGUUCAAGUCCGGGCGCCUGUUCCCGGAGUACCGCCCGGCGAACAGCCCCACCUUCUCCCCGCUGCUGCACUCCAACUCCCACCGCCGCGUCAUGGAGAUGCGCCGCGAGAGCGAGGAGGACGCCUCGGCCGCCAUCCGCGUCAACGCCAAGGCGCGCCGCGCCGAGCGGGCGGCGGCGCGUUCCGCCGGCAAGGGCAACAAGUGAUGGAACAAAACCGUCGUUUGCUUCCUCCCGGCGGCGACGGAGGAUGGGGACGAUUAGCGUGCCAUCUCCUUUAUCUCCUUUUCCAUUUCUUUUCAAUUUUCCAUUUUGUAGGACAUUAGGAUUAGUAGAGGUUUAAGAACAUCUGCCAAAAUCUUAGUUCUUGGCAAGGAAAGAUAGACAUCAAAACAGCCUCAUCAUGCUCAAAUCUUUCCUGCAACCAUGUCAACCUUGGUGGUGUAACAAAGCAAUCGGUGGAAGAGCUGUGUUUUGCUUAUCGAUCAACAGGCAGCAACUCUGUCUGAAUGUCUGAAUGCGACGUGUGUAUGCUAUGCUAUGCUAUCACCG